AUGCUAUGUGGCAGACUCUCGGGAGCUUUCCUGGCGCAGAAUAUUACUGGGAAUGGAUCCAAAUGUAGAAGUAUUUCCACCUCAAGGUUCGAUAAACGUUCACCGGGUGGUGGAGGACGUGCUACGCGAUCAAGAUCAGACUCCAGACCUCGUACCCCAUCCUUGAAGACGACUGGCUACUUGAAGCCUGGCGGAAAAGAGGAGGAACUCGUUGAAGCAGAACUCGUUGGGGACUCAGGGAUAGGUGUUGAAGGGAAACUAAAGCCGGAAGAGAAAAGAGUGUGGAGACCUACGGUGUCGAAGAAGGCAAUCGACAUUGAAUUGGAGUGGGCAAGGGAUCGGGUAGUUUUGUCAAAGCGAGUGGCACAGAUCCUCAACAAAGGAGACCUCGAGAAGGCGGUUGCGUUAGUGCGAACCGCACAGUCGAGAGGCUAUGAUUGUAUGGUUGCUUGGAACGAGCUAUUUGACCAUGAGAUGAAAAAUGACAGACCGGUUGCGGCUUUCAAGCUUUAUAACGAUAUGAAAAAAAGAGGCCGGAAACCGAACUCUUACACUUAUACUAUUAUGUUUCGGGGCCUAGCGCGCAGCAGUUCUCAAAAAUCAGUACAGAUAGCACUGUCGAUUUACAAAAGCUUGUGCUCACCCAAUUCCGGCGUUAAGCCAUCUGUCCUACAUGUCAAUGCGGUUUUGGGCGUGUGCUCCCGGCAUGGCAAUAUGGAUGCCUUAUGGGAAGUGGCUGGGUCGCUUCCUGAACGUGGUGACGGAGCUCCUGACUCAAGGACUUUUACCAUUGUUCUCAACGGCCUUCAGGCACAUACAGCUAACGAAACCAAGAACCUUAAUCCUCGCAGCCAAGUAGAUGGCAUUGCGGAGAAGAAAGCAUUGGCAGUGCGGGAAGGGAAAAGAAUAUGGGCUGAUGUGGUACGCCGAUGGAGAGCGGGCGACUUCAUUGUCGAUCAACCUCUUGUAUCUGCAAUGGGGCGUUUGCUUCUUUUCGGCCGACGAAAACGUGAUUGCCUUGACGUGUUCGCCUUACUGCACCAAACAAUGGAUGUUCCUUUGCUUGAAGGUGUGGAUACGCAGCUUGAAGCACCCAGAACUAGAGAGCAAAAUAAAAUGACAGCGCAAGAGUUGGCGGAGGGGAAACAAGAGUCUAGUGCUGAAAGUUCCGAGCUGGAGAGGGUGUCAAUGGGCAAUGAUGAAAUGAGCCGUGCUCUGAAGGAGGAGCCGGAACCAUUGCCCGAAAAGCAGGAACUGGCAUCUGAAGAAUUAGGACUUCCAGCCGAAGAAGUCGAACAGUUAAAUGAAGAGCCGGAACCAUUAUCAGAAACCGAAGAGUUCAAAUACCUAUUCAAGCCGGUAGACCUCUCGCAGAUCCACAAAAAUGCGCAAACGAGAACGAGAACGAAAUCACGCCGUUUACAAAUCACUCUCCCUAUCCCUACGAACGAUGAAUUGUCCUUGGUUUUAUCAGCUUGCCGAACAACACCAAACGGAAUUGCCAUUGGCCGGGCGUAUUGGGAACUUUUCACAUCUGGACCUAAACAAUCCAUGAUAAAGCCAGAUACACAUUCAUUCCACGAAUAUCUGCGUCUUCUGCGGGUUGCUCGCUCCAGCACUGAAGCUCUUCGCAUUAUUAAAAAUAUGUUACCUAGACCCGGCAUGGUUGCGCGCAAAACCUUCGUCAUCGCGAUCAGCUGUUGCUCUCGCGAUCGAAAGAAUCCACACGUUCUCGAAACAGCUGGCGAGCUGAUUGGGCUUAUGGAUACAGUUCUCAUGCAGCCGGAGCCUGAGAUUCUCUCCAAGUACCUGGAACUUGUCAGGUACGGCAUCUCGGAAGAAAGCAUCAGGGAAUCCGUUCCCAUCCUGGCGCGUGUGUCUGAUACGAAGACUUCUGAUAUGGUGUUCAAGACGAGAAUAUUGAACGCUAUUGACGCACUGCGGCCGCAGGUUGACAAACUGAUAUCAUUACUCGCCUACGCGACGCUUUCUAAGCAUGGCAAAGACGCGGACGAGGGGGAAAGGGUCAAGGCUGCAUCAGACCGAGUUUCUGAGGGCUGUUGGCCAUUCUCUCGUCCCUAUUUACCUGCCUUUGAGGAAUCGGUUUAUAUCCUGAAACAGGCCAAACAGCUAAAUGAGCUCGCCCAUAAGGAGAAGACUCUUAGCGCUGAAGAGCGGAGUGUGCUGGAAACCGAAAACAAGCGUCUGAAAGACAUACUCAGUCCAAAUCGGUAA